GUGAUACGAUUGUGGGUAAAGUCCCUCUCGAUCACAGAGGAGAGAGGAGAUUAGAUACCGCCAGUAAUUUGCUAGUAAUUCGCUAGUAAUUCGUUGGGUAAAAUCGACAGAACCGAAGAGAGAGAGGGAACAUCAUCACAAUGGAUUGGUUCUAUAUUGCCGCUGGGUGUGUUGGUAUCGCACAGGUGGUGCUUGACUGCUGGACUUGGGUGCAGGCAUUUAAAAUACUUGGAUUUUUGGCCUUUUUAAGAUAUGUUAUAUUACCAGCAGACUGUGAUCUAACCCUCUUCCUGUUCAAACACUUUGGAAAGCCAGUUGAGAGUCUUGAGGGCAGAGUAGUGUGGAUCACAGGAGCCUCAAGUGGCAUUGGCAAAGCGCUUGCUAUUCGACUGGCAAAAGCAAAAGUCAGAGUUGUUCUUUCUGCACGGUCUGUAGAGAACUUGAAUGAGGUGAAACAGAAAUGUAUCGAAGCUGGAGGCUUAGAUGAGAAAGAUGUUUUUGUUUUGCCGCUUGACAUGGUUCAGUACGACCAACGUCAGUCUGCAUUUGAUAAAGUGAUUGAACACUUUGGAGAGUUGGACAUUCUUGUGUGCAAUGCUGGCCGAUCUCAGCGUGGCCGAUGGGAGAUGAUUGACCUGGAUGUGGACCGUGACCUCUUCGAACUGAAUGUCUUCUCCCUGAUAUCCCUGUCUCGAAGGGUGGUCAGGUAUUUCCUGGAGAAGGGGAAGGGGCAUGUGGUGGUGACCUCAAGCACAGCAGGAAAGUUGGGAGCUCCCAUGUCUGGCUCCUAUACGGCUUCAAAACAUGCAUUGCAGGGAUAUUUUGACUGUCUACGUGUAGAGAAGGCAGGGUGUGGUUUGGACAUCACUAUGUUCUGUCCAGGCCCUGUGGAUUCUAAUCUCCUUAAAGUAUGUUUCACAGAAGAGAAAGGGAAGUAUGAAGAAACAUUGGCAAAGGGAGCAAAUGGCUGUGAAAUUUCCAUAAAAGCCAUAUAAGAUGCAAGUAAUGCAAGGUACCUUUGUGGCCACACCUCACAUUUCCUGAGAGAGAAUGGCACAUGUAAUGCUGCAAUUGGCCAUUGUUUGGUAUAAAAGGGGUGAUAUUUAGCACAUAAAAUCAUUUGCCUGCGAUCUCUGGAAGAUGUCAGACACAUGAAGAUUGUAUUCUCUUGCUACUACUGUGAGCCUGUAAGUAACCUUCAUUUCAGUAUCUCAUGCAUGUAUAAUCUAUUUAUUGAUAUAUAUUGUAUUUAUGUUUAUUUUUACUAUCUGCAUAAUCUUAGCAAAUACUUUAAUGUAUCUUUUAAUUCAGAUUUUCCUCAGGUGAGGAUGUUGAUGAUAUGCAGCCUUCCACCAAUGCAGUCCCCCAGGAAUACAGACUUUUUGGAUGAUGAAAGUUCUGUGUAGGAGGAUUCUUUGAUAGACGCUUAUAACAGUUCUGAGUCAGACCUGGAAUAUCUGUCUUAUCAUGGCAUGUCCAUCGACUUGGAUGAGCUAAUGUUGCCUACAAGUAUGAGAAUGCUCCUGGAACCCUGAAGUUUAUGUAAUGAAGGCAGGAGAAGGGGUUCACUUGGUUUAUUUUUUUCUGACAUAAUUUUGGCAUGUUUGUAAUUUUUUGGCUGUCUAUAAUACAACCUGAAUAUUAUUCAUGUUUUUUUUUCUACUUUCAGUUACUACAGCCAGAGACCAGCAACCCACACCCCUUCAUGCCAUACAAAGGAGUGGGUUGAUGUUUCAGUCUCUUAGCAGAAGGCUUACUGUGGCCUGAACCUGUUGAUGGGUAUCCAGAGUAAGCAGGAGAUGAAAAACUUCUGGUUGAAGGAUCCCAAGCACUUCCAACCAGUGUUCUCCUAGACCAUGGCGAGGUAUAUAAGGUAGAUCUAUAAUGGGGUACAUCAGUGCCCUCAAGAUUUACAUGGGCCAGGGCAGGAACAAAUUCCCCAUCUUGAUGAAGACCAUCAUUGACCUGAUGAGUACCAUAAAGGGUAUGAGGUCUGUACCGAUAGCUGGUAUUCUUCCCUCUCCUUUUUCAAUAUCUGCAGAGUAGAUAGAUGCAAAGUGCAUCUGAACUGUAAACACAUGCUGUCAGAUCUGCAGGUAAAGGUUCAUGGAGAUGUGGACACCAGGAGCCCAUGGACUGGCAUAAUGUGUCUGCAUUGAUGUGAUUAGAAGCGUGUGAUAAUACUGUCCACCAUUGAUACCAGAGAAGUGGUCGCAGUCACCAGCCAGAGUUUCAUCCUUUGGUGGAAGCCAAGGAAGGUAGUUCUUGACUACAACUCUUAUACUUGUAUAAAGGGGGUAAAUGUGAGAGACCACCUGGCUCAGUCAAACCUCCCACUCAAAGGUCCAUCAGGAGGUACAAAAUGGUUCUAGACAUGGCAGUCAUCAGUACUUUUGUUGUGUACAAGGCACUAGGAGGGCAUUUGACUUAGAUGGACUUCUGAGGAGAGCUUUCAGAGCAUCUCUAGUGGGGAUCUAGCCAAGGAAAGGAGAUUCAAGAUUCAAGAAAAGCAGGUUGUCUGCUCUAUGACUUGUUACUCUGCCAGUUUGAUUGUUCUGAAAGAUACCAUACCAAGGACAUGUACUGUAUUGUAAAUGUGUUGUUUUUCAUAAAAAUAAAAGUUAUGAAACUGAAAGAAAAUCCUAUUUUUCUUCCCAAAUUUUACCACAUUCCACAAAAGGGAAUUACUGAAGGUAAUAACAGCUUUGUGCACAACUGCAGCCUCUUUUUUUUGUAAGAACAAGAUUUGCAAAAAUGAAUGAGCUGUUUUUAUGCUUUGGUAACACCACAUUUCAUCUUCUAUAGAGUUUAACACACUUAAUUUUAUUAUAAUCAGUCUACUACAGGAUUGAUCUAGCAACUAAAUCAUACACCUCCGAAUAUGAAAAAACAUUAAAAUCAUGUUUGGGAUGUACACAAAGAAAUAACGCUUUGUUGGUGUGGCUUCACAAGAGCUAGGUAACCAAGGAGUAAUUUAUUAGUCUCACUUGUUUUCUCUUUUCUUCGAUAUUGGAUUUUCUCUUUAUUGCCAUUAGCAUUUUAAUGACAUUAUGAUAAUCAUAAUGAUAAUUUUUCAGUAGCUAUUGAUAAGAACAUUAGAAAACAAAGGAAUGGAAAACAGGUGCAGUCAUGUGGGGUCUACUAAUUGACUCCUUGGUGGCUGAGUGCCUUUGAAAGCAUAUAUGUGUAAGAAAAAUUCAUGAAAACUAUAGUGGAUAUUAUGUUAUGUUUAUCCAUUGGCAAUGAGUAUAGAGAA